ACUCACAAUUUCUUUCAUUUUUUUUUCCCUCAAAAACAAUGGCAAGUGAGGUUGUGAAGAAGGAAGAAUCUCUUAAUCUCAAAAUCACUAACAAGAGCCAUGUGAAACCUGAAGAGAACAUUGGGAAGAAAGAGUACCAAUUGGUCACUUUUGAUCUUCCCUACCUAGCCUUCUAUUACAACCAAAAGCUACUAGUUUACAUGGGUGAAGAUUUUGAGGGUAUGGUCCAAAAGCUGAAAAUUGGGCUUGGUGUAGUCCUAAAGGAGUUCCAUCAACUAGCUGGUAAGUUAGGGAAAGAUGAAGAGGGUGUGUUUAGGGUGGAAUAUGAUGAUGAUAUGCUUGGUGUGGAGGUUAUUGAAGCUGUUGCUGAAGAGAUUGGUGUGGAUGAUUUAACUGUGGCUGAAAGUACUAGUAAUUUGAAGGAGUUGAUACCUUAUAGUGGUAUCUUGAAUUUGGAAGGCAUGCACAGGCCCUUGCUAGCAGUUCAGUUGACUAAGCUCGUAGAUGGGCUUGCAAUGGGCCUGGCUUUCAACCAUGCUGUCCUAGAUGGCACUGCCACAUGGCAAUUCAUGACUUCGUGGGCCGAGAUCUGCAGCGGAGCACCAUCCACGUCGGCCUCACCCUUUCUUGACCGCACCAAGGCCCGGAACACUCGCGUGAAGCUGGACCUCACCUUACCCGAGCCCAAAAAUCCACCAACAUCCAACAGUGAGGCAAAGCCCGAGCCUGUACUCAGGGAUACAAUCUUCAAGUUCUCCGAGUCAAAGAUCGACAAGAUCAAGUCAACGAUCAAUGAAAACCCUCCAUCGGACGGUUCAAAACCAUUUUCAACCUUUCAGGCUCUCUCCACUCAUGUUUGGCGCCAUGUAACCCAUGCACGUAACCUAAAGCCAGAAGACUACACCGUGUUCACCGUCUUUGCGGAUUGCCGGAAAAGGGUUGAGCCGCCGAUGCCAGAAACCUACUUUGGAAACCUAAUUCAGGCAAUUUUCACCGUCACGGCGGCCGGACUAUUGACGGCCCAGCCGCCGCAAUUCGGGGCUUCUUUGAUUCAGAAAGCCAUUGAAGCACAUAAUGCUAAGGCAAUUGAUGAACGUAACAAGGAGUGGGAGAGUGCACCAAAAAUUUUUGAAUUCAAAGAUGCUGGGGUGAAUUGUGUGGCUGUGGGAAGUUCCCCUAGGUUUAAGGUUUAUGACAUUGAUUUUGGGUGGGGGAAGCCAGAGAAUGUGAGGAGUGGAACUAAUAACAAGUUUGAUGGAAUGAUUUAUUUGUAUCCAGGGAAGAGUGGAGGGAGGAGCAUUGAUGUGGAGUUAACCUUGGAGCCUGAGGCUAUGGGAAGAUUGGAGCAAGACAAGGAUUUUCUUUUGGAAGCAUUAAACUAGCUACUAGCUAGAGUAAUUCAACAAGAAGAUGGAUAGAAAAUCACGUUCUUGUGAGGGAAUCUGGAAGUAUUACUGCUUAGAUUGUUCGUUCAAUUAUGAAUUCUUACUUUUGGUGCUAUUUAAUCUAAGGCUGUGGUGUUUUGUUGGAUAGGAUAUUUUAUAUUUUGUGCUUUUGGGUUGGAUUGAUUUUGAAUCUAUUAAUGUUGUUCAACUCUGUACGGUCACGUUGCGUACUUUCUCCAUGACAAGAAUAAAGAUCAGAAGGGAAUAUCUUAUAGCAAUAUGUUAU